AUGAGCAACUGCCUUGUGCCCAGUCGAGACUGCCAACUCAAGGACACCCAUAACUUGGAAGGUAACCCCAAACGGUCGAACCAAAGCAACAAAAGCAACCAAACUAGCCAAAACGACAACUCAUAUAUGGAAAAAAAAAAACAGGCAAAAAGCAGCGAAAAGAAGACCCAUUCGCCUGAACAGGGGAGAAAAAUUAUGAACAGUCAGAAAAAAAAAAAAAAAUUGUCAAACGAUGAAAGAGUCCAAGUUUCAACCUGCGAAACAUUCGUUAAUGAAGAUAAUUACACAACGUACGAGAAUUUGUCUGUUAAGGAGCUGAGUGAUGAGGAAGUCAUUUCGGAGAAUGAAUACAACAAGAAAAUUAAGCAAUCUCAGAAUGGUCUACUUAUAAGCAAAGAAUUUUACGAUUUUCUCGUAAGCAACGAUGAUGACCAGGCGAAUGGAAAGUGCACAAAAAAUGACGCGCGUUUUGAAGAGCUCGUUCAGAAUGAGGCGAAUUCUCCUCCCGCCGCUUGUUCCACAAAAGUUUCACACAAUGUAGACGAAUGGAUUAACAAAUUGUUAAAGUGUGAGCUGCUUCACAUGGAGGAAGUAAAGCUCAUGUGCACACUGCUCAGGGACAUCCUAAAGGAGGAGCCCAACUGUGUGCAAGUCAGCGUCCCCGUGACCGUCGCGGGGGAUAUACACGGCCAGUUUUACGACCUCCUGGAGUUGUUCCAUAUAGGAGGAUUCCCGCCGGACGUGAACUACCUCUUCCUGGGCGACUACGUAGACAGGGGGUACUACUCAUGUGAGUGCUUCUGUCUGGUGGCCUGCCUCAAGAUAAAGUACCCCAGCAGAGUGACCAUCCUAAGAGGGAACCACGAAAGCAGACAAAUAACCAAGGUGUACGGGUUUUACGAUGAGUGCAUGAGGAAAUACAAUGGAGACUACAACGCCUGGAGGUACAUAACGGACGCCUUCGAUUAUCUGCCCCUCACAGCCAUUAUUGGCAACCAAAUUUUCUGUGACCAUGGAGGAAUUUCUCCCUAUUUGCACACCAUUAAUCAAAUUAAUGACUUAGAUAGAUUUAAGGAAAUCCCGCAGGAUGGUCCUAUUUGUGACUUACUUUGGAGUGACCCUGCUGGACCUGAGGAUGGAAUCAUUGAAGGUUGGAAAGCAUCUCCUAGGGGUGCUGGUGUUGUCUUUAGCGAAGAGAGGACGAAUGCCUUUCUUCGACAGAAUAAGCUUAGUUGUAUAUGUAGGGCUCAUCAGCUGGUUCAGGACGGCUUUCUAUGGAUGCACAAUGAUAAGGUGGUCACAAUAUUUAGUGCUCCUAAUUAUUGCUAUAGGUGUGGCAAUUCCGCCUCUCUGAUGCUCGUCGAUGAAUACAUGGAAAAGGACUUUGUCACCUUUAACACAGCUCCCCUAAGGGCCAACGCGAAGGCUCUGAGGAGGAACGUGGGCUACAUGUUGUGA